UCGGGCGGCUGUUCGGCUUGUGAUUGUCUAAGAAUAAAACACGAAGAUUCUUUCGAUAACGACGAUAUUCCAGCACUGUAACUAGUGAAAUGUUUAGUCAAUAUAUGGAUUAGGGAAUUCCGUUGAUUUUUCGACGAUUCUUUCACCAUACGCUGAAUGAACUGGAAAUAUUGUUAGGCCUAUAGAGACUAGGGCUACCUUUUCUCUACUGCUAAAUCGGCAAGAUGGCGGACCCUGCCGAGGGCGGAGGGUCAGAACAAGAUGGUGUAUCUUUUCUUAGAACGGAUGAUAUGGUAUGUUUGAGUUGUGCUGUUUCAUCGUCUAAGGAUGCCAGUACAACAGAAAGAGUAUGUCUUGCAGCAGAGGGGUUUGGAAAUCGUAUGUGCUUCCUUGAAGAUGUUUCAAAUAAGGAUGUACCACCAGAUAUAUCAGUAUCAGUAUUUGUGUUGGAACAAGCUCUUUCGGUCCGUGCUUUACAGGAGAUGAUCACAUCCGCAUCCCAAGGUUCCACGACUGCUCAAUCAGGUCACAGAACACUACUAUAUGGUCAUGCUGUACUUUUACGUCAUUACCAUGGCAAUAUGUAUUUAUCCUGUCUUUCAACAAGUUCCUCAAAUGAUAAAUUAGCCUUUGAUGUUGGUUUACAAGAAUCAGCUGAAGGUGAAUCUUGCUGGUGGACCAUUCAUCCAGCAUCGAAACAGAGGUCAGAAGGUGAAAAGGUCAGAGUUGGAGAUGACCUUAUUCUAGUCAGUGUGUCAUCAGAAAGAUAUCUACAUAUUGGCAGUAGUAAUAGUAUAGUAGCAUCGUUUCAACAAACACUAUGGACUGUAGUACCCAUGUGUUCUGGUGCUGUACGAACAAAAACAGUUGGUUAUGUAUUUGGUGGAGAUGUAUUAAGAUUAUUCAAGGGUCAUAUGGAUGAAUGCUUAGCAAUACCAGAAGCAGGAAGUGAACAAGAAUACAGUGCUGUAAUGUAUGAAACGGGUGCCGUUUGCUCACAUGCUAGAUCACUAUGGAGACUUGAACAUAUCAGAACCAAAUGGGCCGGUGGAUUCAUGGGAUGGGGACAACAAUGCCGUAUCCGUCAUGUAACAUCAGGACGAUAUUUAGCUGUUACUACUGGUGACCAUCACGUAGUAACAGUACAUAGAGCCAAAGCAGACGAAGUCAGUACAGCUUUCUUAUUGCUGCAGUCAAAGGAUGACAAGAAACAGCCAGAGGUUCGAGAAGUAGAAGGAAUGGGGAAAGCUGACGUCAAAUAUGGCGAUUCCAUGGCCUUCGUUCAACAUUGUGAUUCAGGCCUCUGGCUAUCAUAUCAAAUAUUUGAAACUAAAAAACGUGGAGUUGGUCGUGUUGAAGAGAAAAAAGCCAUCAUGUUAGUAGAAGGUCACAUGGAUGAUGGUUUAACGUUGGCUAAAUCACAAGAAGAAGAAUCACGAUCAGCCCGAGUUAUCAGGAAGUGUCAAUCAUUAUUUACUAAAUUUAACAAAGCUCUAGACGCAUUAAAAACAGAAGGAAGAAACAGUCAUGCUUGGGGUAGAAUCAGUUUAUCAGAAGUUAUAAAGUGCCUUGAAGAUCUGAUCGAUUAUUUUGCACAGCCUGGUGAAGACGAAGAACAUGAAGAAAAACAGAAUAAGUUACGAGCUUUAAGAAAUCGUCAGGAUUUGUUCCAGGAAGAAGGAAUGAUUGCUCUGAUUCUGGAGACGAUUGAUAAAUUCAGUCAGUAUAAAGGACAGAGACAGUUUUCCCAGUAUGCCGGGGAGGAUGCUGGAGAGAGCUGGGAUUCCAUAUCGAGUUAUCUCUACUUAUUAUUAGCUGCCAUGAUUCGCGGUAACCGUGCCAACUGUUCUCAGUUUGCUCAAUCCUACAGAUUAGAUUGGUUGGUUUACAGGCUAGAAAGUCAACAGUCUUCCACAGGUGUAUUAGACGUCCUGCAUUGUGUUUUGAUUGACAGUCCUGAAGCUUUGAAUAUGAUCAAAGAGAAACAUAUCAUCACCAUUAUAUCACUUAUAGACAAACAUGGACGGGAUCAUAAAGUAUUAGAUGUAUUACGAUCUCUGUGUGUUGGUAGUGGAGUAGCUGUUAGAACCAAUCAGAAUCUAAUCUGUGACAAUUUAUUACCUGGACGCGAUCUCUUACUACAGACUAAACUUGUUGAUCACGUCACAAGUAUCCGACCGAAUCUGUGUGUUGGAUUGUGUGAAGGAUCAGCUAUGUAUAAAAAAUGGUAUUUUGAAAUUGUUGUCAUUAACUACGAAUAUGCCACUCACUUGCCUCCAUUGUUAAGAAUGGGUUGGGCAAACACAGAUGGCUUCAUACCCUAUCCUGGUGGAGGAGAAAAAUGGGGUGGUAAUAGUCUGGGAGAUGAACUGUAUUCAUACGCCUUUGAUGGACAAAAUCUAUGGACAGGUGGUAAGCUAAAGCAUGUUCGUUCAGCUAGUCAGCCAUUACAGAAAGGUGAUGUAAUUGGUUGUACGUUAGAUCUCACUGUUCCACAAAUUACAUUCUCACUCAAUGGUGUCAAGAUUCGAGGAUUCUUUAAAGAUUUCAAUCUCAGUGGAAUGUUCUUUCCUGUUGUAAGCAUGUCGGCAUCUGUCAGUUGUCGUUAUGUACUUGGAGGAGAACAUGGCAGAUUAAAAUACGGUCCACCAGAAGAACAUUCACCAAUCAUCGAAUGUCUGAUGCCAAAAGAAAAACUAGUCAUUCAGUCAUGUUUUUAUUUUGGUGAUAUGAAGAAAUGUAUUAUCAGUGGACCUACAGAAAUAUUUGAUUACGUGCCAUUUGUUCCUAAUCCAGUUGCAACAGGAAGGAUCCAGCUUCCUGCUUAUAUUGAAAAUGUAAGAGAUAAGUUGGCCGAGAAUUUACAUGAGUUAUGGGCAAUGUCAAAGAUUGAACAGGGCUGGUCCCAUGGAGAUGAACGUGAUCCAAAAAACAAGAAAAAUCCAUCACUAACAGCUUUUGAACGUCUACCUAUGUCUGAGAAAAAAUAUGUUGUUACAGUAGCCUUUGAAACUCUCAGGACAUUAUUAGCACUAGGAUAUCAUAUAACCAUUGAUCAUCAACAACAACAGAAUAACAGGAUGAAAACAGUUAAACUAGCUAACAACUAUUUACAAGGUAAUGGUUAUAAACCAACACCGUUAGAUUUAUCUGUGGUUACGUUAACCGAUAAAAUGGAGGAAUUGGUUAACCUAUUAGCUGAAAAUACACACAAUGUCUGGGCUAGAGACAGAAUUAAACAUGGAUGGACUUACGGUUUAUGUGAGGAUCCAAUUCAGAAAAGAAGUCCACAUCUUGUACCCUACAACAAAGUGGAUGAAUCUAUUAAAAAAGCCAACAGGAACACAACGAGUGAUACAGUAAAGACAUUGAUAGCCUAUGGUUACGCUCUAGAGGCACCAACAAGUGAAACAGGAGAAAGUGGUAUGACAGCUUUAAUUAGAGAAUCACAAGAAAAAGUAAUCCAGACUCGAACUUUCAGAGCUGAAUUAACCUAUGCUGUUUCAUCCGGAAAAUGGUAUUAUGAAAUGGAGGUACUAACAACAGGUUAUAUGAAGAUUGGUUGGGCCAAGAAAUCAGCAGAAUCUGGUGAUGAACUAGGAAUGGAUGGGAAAUCCUAUGUAUUUGAUGGAUAUUUGGCGAGGAAAUGGAACCAUGGAUCAGAUCCGUAUGGUAAAAGAUGGCAGACAGGAGAUGUGAUUGGUUGUUUGUUAGAUCUUCAUGACAAGACCAUCUCUUUCUCAUUGAAUGGUGAAUUAAUGAUGGAUUCUUUAGGACAAGAAAUCGCUUUCAGGGACAUCGAACCUUCAGAAGGUUAUGUACCAGCCAUGACUAUGGGAGCUCAUCAACAAGGAAAGUUUAAUUUUGGACAGGAUGUGAACACAUUAAAAUAUUUUACAUGUUGUGGUCUACAAGAAGGUUAUGAACCAUUCUGUGUAAACAUGACUCGACAAUUACCUUUAUGGUACAGUAAAGGUCAGCCAUUAUUUAACCCGUUAGAUGUUGAUGAUCCCCAAAUACAGGUCAACAGAAUACCAGGAGGAGCCAAUGUGACACCAUGUCUGAAAGUGCAAUCCAAGACGUUCGGUACACUGGAAAAAGUCCGUCUAGAGUAUUUCAGACUCAGUCUUCCAGUGAAAUGCAGAGAUGAGUUCCUUUCACUACGUGAUAGAAGUUUAGCGCAGGCUGUGUUGGAGAAGAGGAUGAAUCUGGAGAAUCUGAGGAAUCGUGAUACAGAUAUAGAAGAAGAGAACAUGACAGGUGGGGAGAUAUCUAGUAGUCAAGAUAAUUACAGUGAUGCUAACAUCAGUGAUGCUUCUGUAGAACGUGGCAGUAAAAUAAUAGCAGGUAGAACUAACAUUCCUAUCAUCGGUAACCCAACAGUCUAA